CUUAUACUAUAAUAUAAUACUUUCAUCUAUCUGUGUUGUUUUGUUGCGUGUAAUACAGCGUCGAAUUCGCCAUACAUAUGUGUGAACACGUAGGAAAGAGCGACUUUGAAUUAUCCGAGCGUGGUGUUUUUAUGUGUCCUGAAUAAAAGUGCAAUAUAUCACGCUUUUCCUGUCCACGAAUGGAGGCAGCGUCGGAUAUGCUGUUACAAGAGAGCAAUUCAGGCUCCACUAGGCCCAUCGACACCUCGGUAUCGAAUAAUGAAAAUAUAUCCGAUAACGAGUCAAACAAUGGCAAUUGUAAUGGGGUCACAACUCCACAACAAUCUCAAUUCGAAUUGAAGCAAAUUGAUAAUUCUAUUUUCAAUACAAUAUCAAAGAUUGUCAAUCGAACUGCCAAGGUACCAGAGAUUCAAGAUUUCAAAAUUGUCAAGCCUAUUAGUCGAGGGGCAUUUGGGAAAGUUUUUCUGGGUUAUAAAAAAACCAAUCCAGACCAAAUCUAUGCUAUUAAGGUGAUGAAAAAGAACGAAAUGAUUCACAAAAAUAUGGCAUCGCAGGUGGUAAUAGAGAGGAAUGCCUUAGCAUUGGUAAGAAGUCCUUACUGUGUCCAACUUUUUUAUUCCUUACAAUCGGUGACCAGUGUGUACUUAGUUAUGGAAUAUAUGGUUGGAGGAGAUUUAAAAAGUUUACUUGGUAUGUAUGGCUACAUGGAAGAAUCAAUGGCUGCAUUUUAUACAGCUGAAGUUUGUCUGGCACUCGAUUACCUUCAUUCACAUGGUAUUGUACACAGAGAUCUUAAGCCAGACAAUAUGCUUCUUUCCAAAGAAGGUCACGUAAAGCUCACAGAUUUUGGUUUGAGUAAAAUAUCAUCACUGCAUCGAGACUUGGAAAUUUCAGAUUUAGUUAAUUGCACUCCAAGCUUAUGCACUCGUACUCCAGGACAGCUGCUGUCGCUUACUUCUCAUCUGACGUUUGAUUCGUUGGGUAUGAAGACGACUAUGAGUGCCAAUGACUCAAAUCUUAAUACAAGCGACCGGAGCAAUCCAGCAGUUGAUCUGCUGCCAGAACUACAGAUGCGAGGAAAAAAUCGUAUGCAGGAAUCAUCGAAUUCCAUCGCAUCGGAGGUUCAAUCAGGUGAUUAUUCGCGUGUCUCUGGGGUCACUCCAUUCCAAUCAGUUGAAGAUAUUCGAGCGUCCGUAUUUCCGAGCACCAAUAGCUCCGAGGCCAGUAGUUAUCACACGGCUCAUUCUUCGGGUCAGUCGACCAUGUCAUCUCAAGUAACUACAGGAAGUGGGAGUAGGAUCAGUGCCGACGCAGAAGAUGAAUCGACCUUGGAAGCAGAGCAUUUACAUCACCACCCGUUGCCUCAUCACACGAGUCCAUUGAGCAGUUGUAGAAAUAAAUUGUCUCGAGGCACCAAACGAAAACGCACGCAAAGCCAUACUCACGCUAGUACAGGUUUGACUCGGGAAAUUUGCCUUUUAGGACUGGAUGGUGACCUCACACCAAAGAGAAAAAAUCGAGGUUCAGGCUCGAACUAUUCGGCCUGUCGGAGUCCACCCAUGAUCGUAUCGACAUUUAGACGCAGAGUCCAAGAAGCCGACGGCACUUUAAAAACUGAUCAAAAUGGAGUCCGAGUCGCUUUUAGUACACCGGUAUCGUCGACCAAGCGUCGUCCCGAGGUCGUCGCGGUUUUUAAGAAAGAAGAAGAAAAAGCGCCAUUCGUCAAGUCAACGAGAUUCGAUCUACCCCCGAGCAAUGCGACGCCCGACAAAAUGACAUCGAGCGACGUUUCUCUUUCCGGCAGUGAACUGCAAGCCAGACACAGAUCGCCCCAAGGCAUAUCGCCGAUCAAAACGCCCGCACCGUCAGGAAAUAAUUACACACCUUACAGGACACCAAAGUCGGUCCGAAGAGGGACUCAAGGGAUUGGUCGAUCCGAUGACAGGAUUCUUGGCACGCCGGAUUACUUGGCGCCAGAAUUGCUCCUACGACAAGGUCAUGGUCCUGCGGUAGACUGGUGGGCUCUGGGUGUCUGCCUAUUUGAAUUUUGCACUGGAGUACCGCCGUUUAACGAUGAGACUCCUCAAGCCGUGUUCUCGAAUAUUUUGGCCCGUGACAUUCCUUGGCCCGAAGGCGAAGAAAGUUUAUCGGCAAAUGCGAUGGAGGCCAUCGAUAAUUUACUCACUUUAGAACAAAACAUUCGACCCACUGCCAAAGAAGUGAAGAUUAUGAAGCUCUUUGAAACAUUUCCAUGGGAUGAACCGUCAAAAGCUCAGCCACCCUUCGUACCACAGCCCGACGAUUGUUACGAUACUUGCUAUUUUCAAGCGCGAAAUAUCUUACAACAUCUAAACGUCAGUAGCUGCGAUACAUGACCACCGGAUCGUCGGAUACUGUUACAAUUUUAAAUCAAUCGAAUUUUAGACGAAUAUAUCUAUUGUGAUUUUUUUUAUUAUUAUAUUUAUCAUUCAUUUUAUAUAUAUUCGUACACAAGCAUACACGUAUAAUACGAA